AUGUUCAAAAGGUACAAGUCUCUUGCUUCAGAACGCAGGAUUUCUCCAGGAGCUACACGGUCCACACUGAAGGAUGACAUGAGAAAUUUUCAUUUUUUGUCGCAAUUUAUACUCUCAGCAGGCCCUCUAAAAUCAGCGUCAGCAGUUAAACAUUCAAAAACUACUCACUUUGAGAUUGAAAUACUUGAUGCUCAAACCAAAAAGCAGAUAUGUAUUGUGGACAAGGUGACACAAAAAUCUACCAUUCAUGAUGUUAAGCAGAAAUUUCACAAAGCAUGUCCACAGUGGUAUCCUUCUCGAAUAGGCCUGCAGCUAGAACGUGGUGGGCCCUUUCUGAAGGACAACUUAACCAUUCAAAGUGUUGCAGCUUCCUCCAUUGUCACACUCUAUUUUACAGACCUAGGUCAACAAGUCAGUUGGACUACAGUAUUUUUGGCUGAAUACACAGGACCUCUGCUAAUAUAUCUCCUCUUUUAUUUGAGGAUCCCGUAUAUAUAUGACAUGAAAGAGAGCUCUAGAAGAUUAUGUCACCCAGUGGUACACUUGGCCUGCUUCUGUCAUUGUAUACACUAUAUCCGAUACCUUUUGGAAACCUUAUUUGUUCACAAGGUUUCUGCAGGACAUACACCUUUGAAAAAUUUGAUAAAGAGUUGUGCCUUUUAUUGGGGAUUCACUUCUUGGAUUGCCUACUACAUUAAUCAUCCACGGUAUACACCACCAUCAUUUGGAUACAGGCAAGUCGCAGUAUCUGCUAUCAAUUUUCUGAUUUGUGAAGCUGGAAAUCAUUUCAUCAAUGUAGUGCUGGCUCAUCCCAGUCACACAGGAAAUAAUGCCUGUUUUCCAAGUCCAAAUUAUAACCCCUUUACGUGGAUGUUUUUCCUGGUUUCAUGUCCUAACUACACCUAUGAGAUUGGAUCAUGGAUUAGUUUCACAAUCAUGACACAAACAUUGCCAGUUGGGAUUUUUACACUUCUGAUGAGUAUCCAGAUGUCUCUGUGGGCACAAAAGAAACAUAAGAUUUAUCUGAAGAAAUUCAAUUCUUAUAUGCAUAGGAAAUCAGCAAUGAUUCCAUUUAUACUGUAA